AUGGCGACCAAAACCUCAGGAGAGGACAACUCCAACCUCAAGCCACCUACCCCAUCUGCUCAUUCAGUCUCUAGUGCAGAGCCAGUGGAAGGCGAAAAGCCGGUCACCCAUCCAACCACCGUAGAUCUUGAGCGUGUGGGUGAGACCGAAGGCUACGUACUCGAUGAAGCUCAACUUAGAGACCAACUUGGUCUCGGGGCAGAUGUGUCCUUGAAGAAGUCAAAGAAAGGUGUCGUCUUGAUCCCUCAGCCAACAGAUGACCCGGCAGACCCAUACAAUUGGAUCCCCUUGAAGAAGGGUCUUAUUCUGGUGGUCCUUGCCGUCAAUGCCUGUACUGCAGAUUACUCUGCUGCUACAGGUGCCAGCGCACUGCUUCCUCAAGCCCAAGAGUGGCACAUUUCGCCCGAUGAAGUCAACCAUGCUACCGCUGGAAAUACUUUCAUGCUCGGGAUUGGAGGCCUCGCAACCGUAUGGCUUGGGGCCUACUUCGGACGGUUGCCAGUUCUGUUUUGGUUCAGCUGCUUGUCCGCAGGAACUGCCGCCUGGUCAGCGGCGGCCAAAAGCUUUGAGUCCUAUAUGGCUUCCCGAAUUCUGAACGGAACCUUCUGCGUCGCUGGUGCCGCGAGUGGACUAUCGUGGAUAAAUGAUGUCUUCUUUUUCCAUCAACGUCCACGAAAGAUCAAUAUCUGGUCUACCGCGAUCAUCUUGUCACCUUUCCUGGGGCCGCAGUUUAUGGCUGCAAUCAUCAGUGUGGACAGCUGGAGAACUGGCAUGUGGUUGAAUUUCGGUAUCAUCAUGCUAGGAGUCGCGUUGAUUGUGGCCUUUGGAGACGAGACCUUCUACCCACGUCAUCUUCCCAAGGAACAGGUCCCACCUCGCAAAAACCGACUGCUCAGAGUUGUGGGCGUCGAACAGGCUCGAACUCACUAUACCACUAACACUUUUUUGGAAGCCGGAAGUCGUUUGGCAUAUACCGCCACCAAGUUACCAGUGUUCUUGAUCUGCCUCUUCUACUUUUUUGAUUUCCCAUGGACCAUCGCGAACAACACGACCAUUUCCGUCUUGAUCGUGCCAGCAUAUAACUUCAACUUCCGCAACCUGGCGGCCAUCUACACUGCUCCAGUGGUGGGUGCAGUCCUUGGCCUUGUGGUAGGGCACUUCCUGUUCGAUCUCAUUGGGAGACUAUAUGCCAGAUACCACAACGGAAGACUCGAGCCCGAGAACCGUCUAAUCAUCUUGUACCUGAUUCUCCCAUUGAAGAUCAUCGGAUACAACCUCAUCGGGGUGACACUUCACAAUGCGCAAACCUGGUCCUGGUGGGUUCUUGCCAUCGGCUGGGCCAUGCACAACUUUGCGACCAUUGUAACCACCACAGCCGUCGGCGCCUACCUCCUCGAUUCAUAUCCCGAAGCUGGUGGCGAAUGCGCAGCCUGGAUCAACUUUUCACGUACACUCGGUAAGUUAGCUCGUCAAUCUCGCAGAUUGGAGACCCCGAUAUCCAUCUUAUUGUUCCCAAACGUUACCAAUGCUAACAUGUACACCACCAAUAAACCAGGUGGCUUCAUCGUCGGAUACAUCCAACUCAAUUGGGCCGCCAAAGCCGGCACACAGACAGAAUACGGCAUCCAGACCGGCAUCAUGGGCGCCGCAUUCCUGAUUGUAAUUUUCCUGCAGUUCUUCGGCGCAAAGCUGAGACACGCUCAAGGUCCGCUGAAUUUCCGAACGAAUUAG